AUGGCAGACGAUGAUGUAUUAAAUAUACAAAUUUUCAUCCCAGAACUUCAUAUUCAGAAAUGUUUGGUUGUUAAUCUUGAUGAGAAAGUUUGGGAAAUCAAAGGGCGACUUGUCCAAGCCCUUCAGAAUAAGCUACCUCAGUCAUUCAACUACGGCUUGUUUCUGCCACCUUGCGAUGGCCGCGCUGGAAAAUUCUUACUGGAGGACCGUCCGAUACGUGAAUAUCCAUUUCAUGAUUGUGUCCCUUAUCUUGAGCUCAAAUACAAAAAGCGGGUUUACAAAAUGUUGAAUAUUGACGAAAAGCAACUGGAAAAAUUGCAUACUAAGUCAAAUUUGAAAAAAUUCAUGAAUCACAUUGCUCUUGGACAGCUAAAACGGACGGAAGAAUUGUGUACUGCGGGAUUUGAUCCUAAUUUUCACGAUAAUGAAGGUAAGACACCAUUGACGAUGGUGUGUUCAUUACCACAUAACGAAGGUUUUAUUAAAACGUUGGUAGAACAUGGAGCUCACGUCGAUUUCCGAAACAGUGAUGGACAGACACCAAUGCAUAAGGCGGCAUAUUGGUCUUUGGCGGAAAAUGUCAACUGUUUGCUUGAACUUGGUGCAUCACCAAACUAUCGGGAUCCACUUGGCUUGACACCACUUUACUACAACAUGCUGCAGAGUAGUUCAAAAUCAUCAGUAGCUCAAAUGUUACUUUAUAAUUAUUCAGAUAUUAAUGUAACUGAUUUGGAUGGAAAUCAUGAGAUACAUCAGGCAUGCAAGAAUGGUUUGGUGCAACAUAUGGACUAUUUGAUAUACUAUGGAGCUGAAAUUAAUGCUCAGAAUAUCAACGGGAAUACUCCGCUUCAUAUUUGCGCAAUUCAUAAUAAACCUAAUUGCGCACGUUUAUUACUGUUUCGUGGUGCUAAUCCAACAGUUAUGAAUAAGCAAAGCCAGACAGCGUUAGAUGUGGCACAGAUUCUUGGCUGUCAUGAAAUAACGAAAGUUAUUUUGGACCAUGACCCUGUAUCCACUGUGCCCUAUAACGUGAAGCCGACUUUUAAUCCCAGAAGGCGUUCAUCGAUAUUACCUAGUCAACGAUCCUCAAGUCGGGCAUCACUUUGCAACAGUGAAUAUCGAUCUGUGAUACCGGCCAGCCCGACACCAAGCCAUAUGUCAAUAUCCAGUUAUAAAACGUGUCCAGGGGAUAUUGAUGGUGGAUAUAGUACAAUGCGACGAUAUCCAGCUUACCCCCUAAUGAACAUCAAUGGUUUUGAGAUUAACAUACCACGCACUAUCGUAAUACCGCGAGAUAGUAAGGGUGGCUUCGGAUUCGUCUUACGAGGCGCUACAAAAGCCGGAAACUUUAUUCCAACAUUGUUGAAUCCAGCAUUGCAAAAAUUCGAAGGGAUUGAUCUGCAAGGAAUGGCUAUGAAAGCGGGUCUAAGACCCGGUGAUUUCUUGCUUCAGGUGAACAAUAUUGAUGUACGUAGAACACCGCAUGAUCAAGUGCAUAAAUUAAUACAGUCUUCGGGAGACACUGUAACGUUAAAGGUGAUUACUGUCGAUCCUGGUUUAUUUAGUUUUCCGCCUUCUCAUACGAUGCCGGUGAAUAUUUCUCGCACAGUUCGGGAAUAUCGUCCACCAAUGCUGCCACAAGACAAAACGUAUAUCAGCCAUUCGUUGCCACGUCGAAAUCGUCGCAUCAGUGGUAACAUAGGUGACAUGUAUGGUUAUGGUAAUAGUUUGCUUCCCUUGCAUUCUACUAAAUCGGUAGAAACGCUAAAUCAAAGUAAUUACGAACGAUUUGCGUCCGUAAAACAACGAAUUGGUAGUUCUAAACGUAUUUCAAUGGAAGAAUUGAAACGACUGAUGGAACGACAGGGACAAUGUACUUCGCAAUUUCAACCCAUCCCCAUAAAUGAGGAUUCACUGCCAAAUGGAAAUAGUUUGAAGUUUAAUUCAGUGAAUGACCUAAAACGUUACAAAAAAAGUGGCUUACAUCGAACAACUUUACCACCUGUAGCUGGUAACGACCAUUGUGCUCCGUCAGUAAUACAAAGCUUUAAUUCUUCACCAGAUUUGCCUCGAUCAGUGGAUGAUGAAUCGCCCUCAUUGAUUUCUUUUAAUGGACAAGUUAGCCAACGUGGCUGUGCCAUUUCUCCAGACUAUUCACGUCCUUUUAAGUCCAUCGACCGACCCAAAACACCACCACCUCCUCCACCACCUCCACCGCUGUUUGAUAACUUUCCAUCAUCGUCCUCGAAUAAUGGUAAUACUUUAACGAAUAGCACACCUCCGACAAUACCUACAUCAGCAAUGUCGAGCACUUUUCUUGCAGAAACACUAACAUCUCCGCCUCGAAUCGAAACGACUCUUUCAUCUCCACCUGCUGCACCUCCACCUCCACCACCACCUCCUCCUCCACCGCUUCCUCUGCUCCAGUCUUCUGCAGCAACAGCAGCAAAAUCUGUGUCUUUUAAAAAUGAUGAUGAAGAUGGAGAAUCUGAAUCAAAAGAAACAAGAACUCCUGCUAUCAGUAGUGAAAUCUUGUCAACAAUAAAAUUGAAACCUACCAUACGACGUGAACCAGCUAAUUACUGUGCAACCGUGCCACGUGGAUUUGAUUCUGAUCUACGUAAUGCACUGGCAAAAAGGAGAGGCAAGGUUGCUCAAAGUGGUAGUAAUGAUGCAUCGAAAAAAGUAGUUUUCUUGCUGGAGAAUCCUCCUGUAGCCACAGUGAUCAGUAGUUACGGUGGAUUAAGUUUGUGCGAAUCAGUCCGGCAAAGUGUUCCAAGUUCAACAAAAUGGGAGAUUGGGAAAUCAGAGCAUUCUCCAACGAGUAUUGCAUCAAAAAAAGAUAGCGGUUAUACAUCGUCACGCACUUCGCUUGAACCAUCAGAAUGCGGUGAAGAAAUUGGAUCAGUAGGUGCUACGAUAAUUGCGGUACCAGGAUCUACGAAACCAACCACUGGCAUAGCUGGUGCCAGUUCCGCAUGUCAUGUCUCGUUGCUUAGUAAUCAGUUUGAAGAAAUUUGUGGAUCUACGUGUACCAGGAAGAGUAAUUGUUUAUCGCAGGUAGCACCACCUCUUCAACAGUUAGCUCAAGCGGUCAGCGAUCAUGAUUCGAUGAGCUUGAACUCCACACUGUCGACGUUAAGUAGACAAUCAUCAACGGAUUGUCAACAGCGGACAUUGUCUACUAUCCUAUUGUCAACAUCUCAUUGCAAAAUCUCAGUAACUCCCUCAACUGACUGCAAUGACGAUGAACCGGACAGCGGUACUGGUGACUCCGAUAACGACGCUGCGACAAAAUCUAGUAGUCACACAAGUCCGCUUAUGAGUAACAGUUUUAUCGAUAAACAAGUGGCAAGCUGGACAACUGAUGACAUUGUUGCAUGGCUAAAAACAUUAGGCCUUUCGGAACAUUCCAGGAAAUUCCAGCAGUUUCGAAUUGACGGUACUCAUUUGUUAUCCUUUGAUCGAUCAUUGUUAACGCAGCUCGGUGUCACACGAAUUAGUCAUCGACAACUGAUUGAAAGGUCUCUGAAAAGUUUGAGCAAUAAUUAA